CUUCCAUAGUUUCUUCCCCAACCCAACACCCCUUCUAAACCCUACUACUCACCAAAUCUGAAAUCCCUUCUUCAUCAACAUGGCCGGAACCCUAACUACCUCUGCCGGAGCAACGUCUUUUCGGUUCCUCAAUGGCGACUGCUUUUCUACCGCCACCUCAAUCGGAUCAAACUCAAGAGUGUAUAUUGGCGUUCGUAACGUUCCUAAGGCCUCGCUUCAUGCCGUCGUGGAAGAACCAGUGAUGGAGUCUACGAAGAUGAAACCGAGGAGUUUAUAUGAUGUUCUACGAGUGAAGCGAAACGCUACGCCGAGUGAGAUCAAGUCUGCAUACCGGAGUUUGGCGAAACGGUACCAUCCAGAUGCUUCCGAUUCCAAGCAGAACGACGACCGUGAUUUUAUCGAUAUUCAUAACGCUUACGCCACCUUGUCUGAUCCAUCCACACGAGCGUUAUAUGAUCUGAAGUUGAGUACGGGAUUGGAAAGGCGAUCAGGAGGACUCGGAAGAAGUUCGGAAUUCUAUAGCUGCCGGAGAUGGGAGACCGAUCAGUGUUGGUAGAUUUUUUAGAGAAGAGAAAUCAUGUAAAUUAUGUGCCCCUUUUUUUAACACUUUCUUCUUUCUAUUCAUCCACUUCCAACUCCAGUUAGACAGAUUGAAGCAAUCGGGGCUUGUUUAUGAUUCAUGUUUUUUGGCUAUCAAUGAAUCCAAACUUUCUGUAA